AUGGCCGUCAGAAAAACACGCACAGGACGUCUUGCGCGUGCUGCACAAGGCGAAAGACAUUCCGUUCGCUCAUCCCCAGUGAAGUCCCCAAGGACCAAUCCGACAAGGACUGGCCGUCAACGCGUGACACAGGAAAGUCUCAACCAGCCUGACGAACUGCUCUUGCCCCGAACCACGUCAUGGUCUGACACCCUUGCUGCGGUUGAAAAGCAAUCCCUUGGAACCCAGAUACAUGAAUACAAAGAAUGGAGGCGAAAUGGAUCGGCACACGAAGAUUACUGCCGUAUUUGUCAAGCGGAUGGGGGAAGGCUCGGGUCAUGUUCAACCUGUCGACUCGCCUUCCAUGCUGAUUGUAUUCCAGCAGGUUGGCUGCGCGAUUCCCGAGAUUCACUCUUUUGUCCCAUAUGCGUCCGGCGCGGUUGGCAUACCGCUCCUCCUCCAUUGACACCACCGGGUUCACCACCGCCGGUAGAACAGGAAGAUUCUGCAUCUGCUGCAAUUCCGGCUACGUCAGUGCUUGAUCCAGGCACAAAUCCUUCGUCAAAUACACUCUCUCAUAUUGGCACCUCGGGCAGACCCUCAGGUGUCUCUUCAGUACAGCAAGCUCGAACGGGUGAUAGACAGGAUAUAUCGGCUGGCGACUCUACUACCCCCAAACCACUAUAUAACCUCCUUGGUAAUGAUGAUGAAGCCACAGACGAUAUCGGAACACCCCAACGACCGCGACGUCAGAGCAAGUCUCGGUAUGCAAACCUGCCAACGGAAGUAGAUACAGCCCUGUCGGUUCUAUACCGAGAGCUCGAGUCGAAUGAAUCCCUCAGGAGGGAAGUUGAGGAGCUACACAGCGAGAAUACAAAAUAUAAUCAAACUAUUAGAAUUCGCGAUCUCAGUAUCAUCGCUCUACGCAGAGAAUUGGACUAUCGACGUUCUUCAGAACAAGAGAUGGAAAUACUGCGAGCCACGGCUACUCAACUGGAGAAUGCCAAAAAGGAGAUCCAGGAGCUACGGGCUAGAAACGAAGCUUUGAAUGCGGAAUUACAAACUUCGAGACAUGAGACGACGGAGGCUCAGGCGCUUGUUCAAGACUGGAAGGCAAAGCUCUCACAACUUAUUGGGAAUUGA